UCGCCAUGGGGAGUGCACCGAGCAAGACCGAGCGCUCAGCCAGCAAGCGGUACCCCGUGCUGGCCACCAGCGCGGCUCCCGAGGGAGACCUGCCCGUGUUCAUGCAGCAGGUGGAGGAGAUCGAGAAGGAGCGCGCCAAGCUGCCCAACCCGGGCCUGUACGAGAACGCGCCCAAUGAGCUCAAGGGCCCCGUGAGCCCCGACGCCUUCGACGGCUUCCGCUUCGACUUCACGCGCAUCCUGGGCGCGCGCUGCUCCACGUCGCACUCGUUCCUGCUGGGCACGCCCAUGAUCCCCGGCGGUCUGUACCAGUUCGGCGCCAACGUCGUGAUGGGGGACCCCAUGGACCCGUCCACCUUCCUCAUGAGCAAGAUCACACCCGACGGCUACCUGGACGCGCGGUGGAACCAGCGGCUCUCGGGCAACUGGAAGAUGCGCGUCAAGUCGCAGCUCAAGAACGAGGAGCACGGCUCCCAGGCGCUCGCCGACUUCGACUACGUCGGCGAGGACUUCACCUGGAACAUGAAGAUCUCGAACGGCCCGCUGCUCGGCGUCAGCUACCUGCAGAGCGUCACGCAGAACCUGGCUCUUGGCGGCGAGGCCUACUACCACGGCAAGCACCGCAAGGUCAUCUCGGCCUACGCCGGCAAGUGGAGCGAGCGCGACUGGGUGGGCAUGGCCACCUACGGCGCCAUGGGCACGUUCCAGCUCGCGUACCUGCGCAAGGUGGGCCACCGGAUCCGCUACGGCUCCGAGCUCGUGUACAACCACGCCUCGGGUGAGGCGCAGACCACGUGCGGCGUGGAGAUGGACCUGGGCCAGACACGGUUCGUGUCCAGCGUGGACUCGACGUUCCGCGUAGCGACGAGCAUCGAGUCGCGUGUGCUGCCCAACUUCGCGCUCACGCUCUCUGCCGAGGGCUUCCCGCUCAAGGACGACUUCAAGUUUGGCUACGGCGCGCAGCUUUCAUUCUAGAUAUAGAGUCGCAGCGCAGUGCAGCUCGAGUCGGAGGAUAGCAAACAACCCACGCGCCCACCCAGCCAACUGAAUAGCACGAGGCAAGGCAGGCGAGGGGCGAGUCAGGACACGCCGCGUGGAUCACUCGCGCUGAUCGCCCGGGUUUCGGCUCAGCUCCCGCGGCGCAGCUCUCCCGUCGACCCCGCGUUGUUAGUUCCGCGGCCUAGAGAUCACAAGGAGCUCGGUUUCUGCAACUCUUCCAAUUGACUGUUUUGUUUGCCUAUUA